AUGAGCGUUAUUGGUGUUAUUGACGUUAUUGGCGUUAUGGGCGUUUUAGGCGUUAUUGGUGUUAUUUGCGUUAUUGGCAUUAUUGGUGUUAUUUGCGUUAUUGGCGUUAUUGGUGUCAUAGGCGUUAUUGGUGUCAUAGGCGUUAUAGGCGUUAUUUGCGUUAUAGGCGUUAUUGGUGUCAUGAGCGUUUUUGGUGUUAUAGGUGUUAUUGGCGUUAUAGGUGUUAUGAGCGUUAUUGGUGAAAUUGGCAUUAUUGGCGUUAUUGGUGUUAGGAGCGUUUUUGGUGUUAUAGGUGUUAUUAGCGUUAUAGGCGUUAUUGGUGUUAUGGGCGUUAUAGGUGUUAUUGGCGUUAUAGGCGUUAUUGGCGUUAUAGGCGUUAUUUGCGUUGUUGGUGUUAUUGGCGUUAUUGGUGUUAUAGGUGUUAUUGGUACCAUGAGCGUUAUUGUAAAAAUAAUUCCAAUUUAA